AGUUCCAUGACAAGCCUCUACCAGCAAGAAGAAGAAAGAGGCCCUAAGGAGAAAGCGGAGGAUUGCUGCCCUGGAGGCGGAGAUCUGGCAUUGGAAGGGGAAGGCUGUAAAGGAGGAGGAGGAGGAGGAGGAGGAGGAGGAGGAGGAGGAGGAGGAGGAGGAGGAGGAGGAGGAGGAGGAGGAGGAGGAGGAGGAGGAGGAGGAGGAGGGGGGGGGGGGGGAGGAGAGGAGGGGGGAGGAGAGGAGGGGGAGGAGGAGGAGGUAGAGGAGGGCGAGGUGCAGCGAGAUGCCGCCCUGUUUGACUAUGAUGAUGAUGAGGAUGAUGAUUUCAUGUAACUUACAAUUUCUAAUGCAAGCUGC